AAUUCGAAACGAGUGGACGGAAGAAUGGUUGUGUGAAGAACGUUGGUACACUGCCAAAAAGCACCACAGGUACUAGAUCAGCCGAGUACACAGAUUGACGCUACCAGGAUGUUUGGUAAUUUUGCUCAGCUUGCCCGUGGGUCCGUUAGGGCAUUUUCUACCUCUGGUGCCGCCAAAAACACUAUUACCACCUUCGGUGAAGCUGCAAAGAAUCCUUCCAAAUUGAACAGAGAAAGCAAGGCUGCAACCAAGAAGAUAAAAGACAUACAAACUGUGAAAAAUGUGUUACAUUGCAACUUCAAGAAGAACAACACGUUUCUAACCCUGACGAAGGUUCUGAUGGAUAAAAACUACCCAGCAAACCACCCUGGCGAGUCGUUCAACGAGAAAGUCUUGUACUUCUUGACUUUGCCACAAAGAAUAGUCAUUUCCCAGUCGACAGGAUACUUGGGAUUCAGGAAGGCACAAAGAGGUGAGUACGAAGCGUCUUUCCAGCUUUCAUCCCACAUUUUUAAGAACAUCAACGAAAAACGUUUACUCCAGGAUAGCGGCAAGCUAGAAAUAAUUGUCAGAGGUUUCGGUAAGGGGAGAAAGGCCUUUUUCGACGCACUCAAAGGUAAGGAAGGCAAUGGCAUUAGAGAGUACAUAUCGAGAUUAAGUGAUUUGACACCGAUCGCAUUUGGUGGUAACAGAGCACCUUCUAGAAGAAGAAUCUGAUCCGCAUACAUCACAUUAUCUGCACUUUGUUACGGUCUCAUUUUCUCAUUCUCUCUCAAGUGGCCCAUGUAAAUAGCAUAUUUAUAAUGAUAAACUAUCAUCUCAUCUUACCCCACCUAAGUAAACCCCACCAAUUCUUCCAAACCCUUUAUAGAGUCACGUGCAUAUAGCGAGGGCUUUGUUGCAACUAAACCUGUCGCAACCACGCAAUGAAAUUUCUCUCCUCGAUCGCUCCCUCGCCAGUC